CUCGGCAACCUCUACCUCUCUUCAUGCCCCGGAAAAAAAGUCCGCCUGAACGGUCCCGUUAAAGGCAGAAGCGCAGUGUGCAGAGACCUCGAGAUCGAUCUUCGAAGAAUGAAAGAUCUAGGCGUGAGAUGCGUCGUGUGCUGUCUAGACGAUGAAGAACUCAGCUUUCUCGGCGCUUCAUGGGCGGAGUAUUACCAAAAGGCGCACAGCCUCGGACUCGACGUCCUACGGUACGUACCCGCCACUCCCCUAUCCCUCAUCAUAAGUAUCCAUUCCAUACCCCUCCCCGAAGGCCUCGCCCCGCUCUCCGCAGAAUCCCUCGACGCGCAUCUGACGAGGCUGAUCGAGACGUACACGCUCCACGGGAUGCCUAUCCUCGUGCACUGUCGCGGGGGCGUGGGCAGGGCGGGGUUGGUGGCGUGUUGUUGGAUGCUGAAGCUUGGGUUGUGUGGGUGGAUUGAGACGGAUGUGAGGUCGUCCGCGGGCUUGACGGACGUGUGUGUUGCUUCUACUUCCACUCCCCCGCACGCCUCCAGCCCAGUCCGGCGCGACACCGUCCAGCUCGUCGAGCGCGCGAUUUCGGUGGUGAGGAGGAGGCGGAGUGUGAAGGCGAUUGAGACGCUGGAGCAGGUCAAGUUUUUGGUUGAUUUUGUGGAGUAUCUGAGGGUGUUGGGUGUCGAUCCGCUUCGUCAGGCUUCCACUCAAAAUCCAAACCACGCUCAAGCACAAGCUCAGACGCAGACGCAGAUACAGACGCAGGCCGAGGUGCGUGGUAGCCGGAACGACGAUAUGGACGUUGGUGCGUGA